AUGUGCAAAGGACUAGAAUUACAAGUACAGGACCUACAGAAGUUUGCAGACUACCUAAAGGCAGCGUCGGAGACGAGUCCCGAGUUUUCGAACGUGCGCGACAUAAUUGAACGCUUUGAAGUUUUGGCUUCCGUACACUCCAGUCUCCGGCAAAAUGAGGAAAAGACGACCGAGCAGAUGGACAGGCUGCGCCAGCGGCUCCAAGAGUACAAAAGAAGCCAAGCAGCAAAGAUCCUUGAGGCAAACAACAAGGUAGCCGAGUACCAGCGCGAGCUGGAGGCUCUCGAAAAGGAAACGGCUGCUCUAACAGCCAAGGCAGAUGAAGCAGACAGGGACUCCUUCAGCAAGUCGCUGCACCUCGGAAAGGUUCUGCUUGCCGUCGAAAACAUGCGGGAGACUGCAGCUGAGACAGACGGGGAGGCGCAGCAAGAGAAGCCUAGCGUUGAAGGGAAAAACAACCAAAAACGGAAGGAGGAAAACGAUCAGACCGAGAGUUCUCAAAUGCAGCGACGAUGCCGCUAUGCGGUGGAACUCUUAGCUGCAAUUCGUUCUUUUAUUGUGGACUUCAAAGACAUCGAAGAGCAGCUGAGCAAAGACACAGUCGAGUUCGUCGCAACUCGGCUUUUGGUCGCCCUGCGUAGGGAGAAUGGCAGCGCAGACGUCAGCAGAAGAACAACCUCAAGAAAAUUCGCCGACGACAACAGCUGCUACCAGCAGUCCAUUCGCAGCCACGGAUCCUAG